AUUUUAGUGGAAAAACGUUUGUAAUCCACAAUGAUCAGCAGCGGAGUCGGAAAAUACGUUUGUUGAUGUAAUUACAUUGUUUUAUCACAUGUUUGGAGAAAAGACCAAAGGACAGUCAAGAUGUUCAAGGCACUGGACAAAGUCAACUAUGACAACCUUGUGUUGAACCAGAACACUGUCAAGGUCAAAGAAGCUCUCAAGCCAAACAACCUUGUAAAUUUGAGUUGCUUUGCCUUGAACAAGAACCCAAGCAAUGCUGAACGAGCAAUCAAAACCAUACCGGCCCACUUAGCUCCGUGUGUGUUACGAGCGGCUAUAGAGAAAAAAGAGUCUGAGACAGCGAGUGCUAUUCUGUCUAACUGGCCCCUAAAAGACCUAUGUUUUAAAGAGAUCCUAGGUUCGGACCAUCCAGACAUUUUCCAGGAAGGGACUGGUUUUCACUUUGAUCUGGUAGUGUUUCGGGGGAUAAGGAACCGCACAAAGUCAUGUAAAAUUACUACAGUGGAUUUCCGAGGGUUCAAACUCAAUCCAACUUUCUGUCAGCUUGUAAUCCAGAUGUGGCCCCUUAUGUCAUUGAAAAAGUCACAAGUGAAACCAAAGUAUUUAGCUAAGGUCAUAGCUAAAACAGCAGGUGUAGCAGCAAGUCAGCUGACAGAGGAGGUGUUACCACGGUUACUGUUUGAUAGAACAAUAGAACCCAGAUACAGAAUCCACAUUCCCCGAGGAGAGCGUAUGGUUGUAAAACUAGACAGCAUCCAGUUCACCAACAGUAACACAUUGUUUCUAGACUACCUCAUUUGUAAUUGUCUACGAAGCAUCACCCCUGUCUAUGUGUCCGUGUCCAACAUAUAUAUCAGAUCUGACCCUUCACUUGGAGAUGAAAUCACAGAAUCAUUAGCACCAUUCAUUGUAUUACGAGGACAAGAUAUGGAGUAUCUGGAGGGGAUUUCCCUGAAGCAACUUGAGGAUGGUAUAUUUUUUAUGGUUUGUUCAGACAUUCAGAAAUUCUCUCACCUGCGUGCCCUUGACCUUCAAGAUUGUAACAUUUACCUACAAGAAGGUCGCACACGAAGUCGGACGUCUGGUCGUCUUCAGAUGGUCAGUACUCUAGGAUCCUUCGCACACCUCACUCGACUUGAUCUUGGAUUUAACUACUUACUAGGAUGCCUCGGAGAACUUCUAGACGCUCUUAAAACUCCUUUGGAGUACCUGAGUGUGCGUGGAUGUGACUUAAAUGAAGAAGAUUUGGCAGCAUUAGCAGAGUCCAACCAUGCUAAACAUCUGAGAGAGUUAAAUUUAAGUAAAGUGUGUCAGUUCUCAAUUUACGAAAAUGAUCGUAUCUCCCCAGUGUAUCUGCUUAGAAUUACAAAACAUUUCCCCAAUGUGAAUAUCUUCAACUUAACUCAAAACCAUUUACCGGAUGCCUGUAUCUCUGAGUUUUGUACCAUAUUGACACAGAAUUUGACCAAGCUGAAAGCUUUAGACAUUUCUGGAAAUAUCCUUACAGAAAACAAUCUGUUGGACAUUACUCGUUCUGUGGGGAAACUUAAGUCGAUGCAGUGGUUUAGGUUCACAUGUGCCAGCAAUUUGCUUGAAGAGCCCUUCAUUCCCUUUGAUAAUUCAGGAGAAAUGAAGAAAAAAUUCUGUGAUACUCUGGCUUCUCUGGGACGAGAAGAUAUCAAGGUAGACCUGGUCAAGUUGUCAUACGCCAUAUUUGUUGACCUGUUAGAUGUCAUGGAUUAAAGUCAUUUGUGUCAGAUCAUCAACCUCAAUGUCAAGGAUUAUGUUCAUCAGGACUACGGUCAUCAGGACCCAGUUAAGUCAAGUGAUCUGGACUGAGUUAAAUCAGGCGAUCUGGACUAAGUUAAGUCAAACAUUCAUGAAGGACUACGGUCAUCAGGACCGAGCUAAGUCAAACAUUCAUUAAGGAUUACCGUUAUCAGGACCGAGUUAAGUCACAUGAUCUGGGAUAAGUUAAGUCAAACAUUCAUUGAAGACUACGGUCAUCGGGACUGAGUUAAGUCAAACAUUCAUUAAGGAUUACCGUUAUCAGGACCGAGUUAAGUCACAUGAUCUGGGAUAAGUUAAGUCAAACAUUCAUUGAAGACUACGGUCAUCGGGACUGAG